AUGCCACUGCAUCUCCAAGAUACACGGAUCGGAAGUCUUCUUGCUGUUAGUCUUUUAGUAGUGGUAUGCUGUUGCAAUGCGGUCACAGUUCAGAAACCUGCACCAUUUUGCAUCCUCAUCAGUUCAGAACAGGGGAGUUCUCAGGUGAGCUUUCUCAUCCACUCAUCGGACACUUCAGCAUCUCCUCUCUUUUACUGGAGCAAGUGGACUUCAGAGAAACGUCUCGAAGGUUGUUUCAGGAGUAGCGACGGGACACUGGUUACGCGUUAUCGGUCACUCUGCCGUCAAGAGCGCGCGCGGGACGAUGAGAAACCAAUGCACUUCAACUUAAGCGCGAUGCUGGAGGAUGCCAAUCUGUGUGAUAUGAACAUGCAUAUCAAUUUCACUUUGCACAAAGAACGCAUAAAUCCAGGCCAGCAGAUGGAUUCAAGAGCAAAAAGUCGCCAUAAACGCGCGUGGGUUUUGCCAGGAACACUUUGGUGUGGACGCGGCACGAGCGCCAAUGACUAUGAACAGCUGGGUAUGUUUGUGCAUGCAGACAGAUGCUGUCGAGAACACGAUCACUGUGAGCACAUCAUCCGCUCGUUCUCUGUCAACUUCAGUGUGUUUAACCCAACUCUGUUCACACUCUCGCACUGUGACUGUGACCACAGAUUUAAGCAAUGCCUUCUGAAUGGAAAUGACACCAUCUCCAACAUGGUGGGCUACAGUUUCUUCAACGUCCUGAAGCUCCGCUGCUUUGAGCUGAUCCACAGGAGGCAAUGCACACAGUACAACUGGUUGGGAUUGUGCACAAUGGUUGAGAUUGCUCCUGUGGCAGUAUUGAAAGAUUCAACACCGUAUAAUUCUACCAGUCUGUCUAAUGAGAACAGCGCCACCAUUGACCUUUCAUGCAAUGAAGUGCCAAUCAAACGGUCACACAGCGGCAAACAAAGAAUCUCUAAAUCGAAACAAAUUAAACUGACAAUGGGCCAAAAUACCUGUGCUUCUGUGGACUAUGCAAAAGGGGAAACAUUUCAGUUAAGUCAAAAGUUGGUGAGCCAAACUGUAAAAAGGAAGAAAGUGCAAACAAAUGGACAUCAAAAAGGAAGAAAGGAGUCACUUGUUUACCAAAAGAAGGCAUCCAAAGAGAAGAAAAUGAUUACUCAGAAGUUCAAAAUGGAAACUGUUCUCCAAAGCUCCAACAGGACUCCAAAAGCAAGUGUCACUCACUCCCCCUCAACCUCAUCUAAAAAGAAACUACUCUCAAUGAAAAAGACUAUGGCCACUUGGCCCAAACAAAUGUCCGAAACUAAGUCAGGAGCAAGGACACUUCAAAAUAGGAGAAAAAGAGGUAAAAAGAAAAAGACCCAGAAGGAAAAACAAAUGAAACCCCCAAAACAAUGAGUGAAGAGACAAUU